AUGCAGGGCAAAAUUGCAGAUCAAGAUCGGAAAAAUCUUUCUCAUCACCCAGCGAAAAAACGUCGUGGUACAUUUCUGUUCCCAGAACCAACUGGCCCUCACCCUCAACGCAGGAAAAAUCACGAUAGUUCCAGUGCCUCCUCAUGCGUCACUACAACAAAGGAAUUUACUUUCGAAGAACUGCAGAGACUUCUUUUUACUAAAAACGACAUUCAGGAGAUCAGUGUCAAGCGUCCAGUGGAAUCACGGCAAAAUGAGUGCUUUUGUGAGUAUAUAAUACCCGACCGGGACAUUUAAAUGCCUUAGUUAGUUUCCACCAGUGAUAGAGAGAGGGCAGCGCAAAUGAGAGAUCAUCUUAAAUUUAACGGCAAGGUGAAAACAUUACCUGAUCUGGGAACACCCUGGUUUUCGAACGCCAUUUUGAAAAAUGUGAAUGUCUUCCCUUUUUGUGCUUACCGAAUGGAACUAUGGGUAGAAACACCAAGUCAAACCGAACAAAUAACGAGCAAAGCCGGUGGGCAUACGAAAUUAUCCGAUUUCUGAAAUGGCCGCCAUGACGUGAAAUAACAAGGUAGUUAUCAGUGGGAAAAGGGGGUGUAUACAGUCCCGCACACAAGUCUUUCCUUGGAACGACGAGUCCCAUCUGAAUACAAUCGAUUUCGCCACUUCGCCUACUCUAGAAUUAUGAACUAGAGGUUAAAAAUUGUAAGUAUAAUGUGGCGAGCAGAUGCUGGGCAGUAAAACAUCAUCUGAGAAACGAUGAACUAACAUAUACGUUUUGCUAAUUAUAAACCCUUUUAUAUGGCCGAUUUAUAGUUGUGGAUAAACGACUUCAGGGGAGCGCCAAAAUCACCAGUUCUUUGUGAUUUGGGUCUUUAUUGGCCAGUUACAAUCAUACCAAAAUAAUUUGAAACUGUUUGUGCGCGCCACAGGACACAGCGACAGGACAACCAAGGAACCAAAGGAGACCCAAAGAUUAGGCUGCUGCUCGCCUGGAGGCGCGCAGCCAUUAUUCUCAUCAUAAUGGUAUUUUAAUUCUGUUUCAGGGUGUGAUGCAACUAAGACAAAUCCAAACUUUCAAUGUCCCAUGCAUAAGCAUGACAAAGCAGUCGUGAGGAAGACUUCACAGUUACCACUGGCUCUGAGAUCACUUCCGCCGGAAGUUGGUUUGUGUACCUCCACUAUCCCCGGGCAGGAAUGUGGUAUUUGCGCCAAGCGAAAGAUUCCUGUUGGUGCGUGGAUUGGCCCUUAUGAAGGAAAAUUUUUGAAGCCGAAAGAGCUGUCUUCAACAACCGACACAUCAUAUAUGUGGGAGGUAUGUUCACGAAAGAGUGGUUAUUUCAGUAUUUUGCAAAAAAAAAGUUUAUUUUGAGAUGCGACUGUUCAGUUACAAAUUAAAGAGGUCGAUAAAAUGUGACAAGCGCAAAGGGUGGACUAUUUAACGAGCAGUAGGAGAGUUCGUCAUCUAUCACAACAAAGCCGUAGAAUUUUAAUAGCAUAUUGUAUAAAUUUAUUUUUGUUUGGUGUACACUACCCUCUCUACCAGCAGAGCCUCUCUUUCGUAAUCGAGAAAGACUCCGUUUGAAUCUUUUUUGAGCUUGCGCUGAAUCUUGCUACUGUACAGUUUCGAACCCAGGCCUAAUAUCCGUGCGCUUGGUACAGCGGGCUUAGUUAUGAACAUAGGGUUACCAAAAAACGUAUGCUGGCUCUCGGAAAAGCCAAUUUAACGAGAAAACAUUCAAUUUUCAGAUCUUUCAAAAUGGUGAACUGACAGGUUAUAUUGAUGGCAGUGAUGUUAAACUCACAAGCUGGAUGCGAUUCAUUCGUUCUGCUCGACACAAGAGGGAACAAAAUCUAUUUGCGUUUCAGUACUUGGGCAGAAUAUUCUAUCGUGCAUUCAAAGAUAUUCUACCUGGAGAAGAAAUGCUAGUAUGGUACGAUGAAAAAUACCCACAAUACCUUGGAAUUCCAUGGACAAUAUUUGACCUAGCAGCUGCAGUUCCUCCUGGUAGGUGGUCCCAAGGUUACCAUUCUUCGUUCUUUUUUGUGUUAUCUAAUCUGAAGAGAGAUAGCAUUCAGUUUACAUUUUUUUCAAAAUGUGAGUUUUAUCCCCGCUGCAUGAAUAGUAGCCUCAGGCAACCUCCGUUACCCUUUCUGGGACAGUUUAAGAGGACGAUAAAUCAGAUACCCUGCUGGGUACGAGAGGUUUUCUUUCUCGCGUGCGGCAGGAUGCUUCUGAAGCGGCGGCAGCACGAAGUUACGAGCGGCGAAGCACUGAAAACCGCACAUGACAAGUCUCUUGCACCGAGAAUAUAAAUCGCACGAUAUUCCCCAAAUCGUCCCUUAAAAAAGGCCUGUUACUAGGGUUACGUGUUUGCAGCGUGGUGUUCAUUUGAAUUUCUGAAACGCAAACGCAACGAAGGCGCUCGAAUCAGACCCCGCCCCUCCCACAUAAUUAUAUAUAUGUCGGUACCUAGCCGGCGUAGCAAGCGUUUCCGCGCGAGUUGGUCGAGGAAGCUGGAACGAUAACGGAAUAAGUCGUGCGGAAACACUUACUACGCAGGCCUGUCGGCGCCAAGCGAAAGCAAGGAGUCGUAUAUUGAUUCUGGGACAGAUAAUAAGUAGGAGGGAAAAUUUUUGUGCCUAUCACUAGGAGAUUUCUAAAAAACCAAACGCAAAAUCACUUUUCAUAUCAUACAUCAAAUCAUUAAAAGGAAAAAAACCUAUGCUUCAUAUCUCUCAGUUUAAUCUAAGUUAGUAAUUUUACGAAAAAAGAGUGUCAAACCGACUAUAGAGCCAGUACACUCUACAAAAGAAACGGAAACAGCUCAUGUUACAAAAAGUAUCUCUUUGACAACUACUAAUUUAGAAUUUGCUUAAAUUACCUCUUUAGGUACCAGUUCUCGAACCGAUGAAGUCAUAAUGGUGUCGCCCGUCGGUAAAAAUGAUCGACCGCUGAACAUAAGCACCCAAGAAUCGAUUUUCCCUCGUCCUCCUCCGUCACCGCUUUCGAAGCCAAGC